GGGGUAUAUACAGCCCCCCAUAAUGUAAUGAGGCAUAUGGUCUCUGGGUUUGACCCUCUGUGGAUGCUACUGUCUCCUCCCGUCCCUGCAUUGUCUUUCUUUUCUCCUUCUUCUUUUCGUCCCGGAACCAAACAUGACUUUCUACAAACACUCAGGUCCUAGGAGUUAUCUCACCUCCACCAUGACUGAUCGCUUCGACUGCUACUACUGCCGCGACAACCUGCAUGGGAAGAAAUAUGUGAAGAAGGAAGAGAAGCAUGUGUGCACCAAGUGCUUCGAUAAGCUCUGCGCCAACACCUGUGCAGAGUGCAAACGCCCCAUUGGUGCCGACUCCAAGGAGCUUCACCAUAAGAACCGCUACUGGCAUGAGGACUGUUUCCGCUGUGCCAAGUGCUACAAGCCACUGGCUGCUGAGCCGUUCAGCGCCCGGGAUGAUGGCAAGAUAAUGUGUGGCAAGUGUGGCUCCCGGGAGGAUGGCAACCGCUGCCAGGGCUGCUACAAGGUGGUCAUGCCAGGAUCCCAGAACGUGGAGUACAAGAACAAGGUGUGGCAUGAGGAAUGCUUCACCUGCUUUGAAUGCAAGCAGCCAAUCCGCACACAGAGCUUCCUGACCAAAGGUGAUGACAUCUACUGCGCUCCCUGCCAUGAUAAGAAGUUUGCCAAGAAAUGCUUCCACUGCAAGCAGCCCAUCACCUCUGGAGGGAUCAGCUACCAGGACCAGCCCUGGCACUCUGAGUGUUUCAAGUGCCACACCUGCCAUAAACCUCUGGCGGGAGCUCGCUUCACUUCCCAUGAGAACAAUGUUUACUGCGUGGACUGCUUCAAGACUGAUGUGGCCAAGAAGUGCCAUGGCUGCAAGAACCCAAUCACAGGGUUCGGCCAUGGCACCAACGUGGUGAACUACGAGGGAUACUCCUGGCACGAGUAUUGCUUCAACUGCAAGAAGUGCUCCCUCUCGCUGGCCAACAAGCGCUUUGUCAUCAACGGAGAACACAUCUACUGCCCUGACUGUGCUAAGAAGCUGUGAACAGCACAAUCAGCUGUGCAGAAGAUCACAGUUUAAAGGGGUAUUACACCAAAAUAUAUUUUUCUCAUAAAAUUUGACUAGAGUGUGAGAUAGUAACAGAAUAUGACUGAAUUGGUAUAUAAUGUGAAGACAGUUGAUUUUGGUGAAACAUCUCUUUAUGCAGUUGACAGACUCAAGUUAUUUCAACUAAAUACGCAUUAGCUUGAAUCAUUUAUCUACACAUACAUUAUUGCAACUUGUUUCUGCGUUGGAUACUAACAUGGCAACAGAUUUUUCUUUUGUGGGAUUGUGAUAUGCACUAUUAGUCUAAUCUAAUCCAUGAUUCUGUGUAGCUUUAAGAUAAAAAAAAGCCUUUUCAGUGCCUUACUGGAGUCUUUCAGAGAGAAUAUGCUUUUUACAUGCAUACUGCUGCUCAUACAUACCAGCUUUGAUUAAUAAUCUGAUGGUCUGAAUGGAUUAUCAGAAUAUUCUAAACACGUUUAGCGAGUGAAUUUUAAAUUCAAAUUAGGCCUUGAUGCUGAAAUAUAAACUGCUCAUGUAUUCAAGACUUGAAGUUGAAUGUAAACCAGAAUAAAAAGGAGGACGUGA